GAGGCGGAAGAAAGCGGAAGGCCCUCCCGGAGAAGGACACAGAGGGCAAGCGAGCGCGGGGCGGGGCGGGACGCCGGAAAGCAGCGCCGCGCGGAAACCGGGCGAGCCGGCCCCUCCCGGAAGAAGCGGUGUUACUGGCAGGGACUGCAUAAGAAUUAUUGAGGAAAUAAAGUGAACUGGAUGAGACCUCACCAUCAAGAAGCCCAAGGCACAGAAGGACCAACGGGAGGCUGCUAGAUCCAUGGAGGUCGAAUGAAAAAUGGGAUGAGGAAAAGGGAAAUAUUGAAAUCUUAAACCUGAAUAUGAAGCCUGGGAACACCCUGAAGGUGAAGGGCAAAAUAUCUGCUGAUACUGUUGGCUUCAGCAUCAAUCUUGGCAGCAGCUCGAGAGAUCUGGCAUUUCACUUCAAUCCCCGCUUCAAUGAGUCUGUCAUUGUCUGUAACUCCAAGCGUUCCGAUUCCUGGCAGACGGAACUCCGUGACCGCCACCUCCCUUUCUUCAGGGGCUGCACUGUCAAGUUCUUCAUUGAAAUGCUGUCAGACAAAUUCCGUGUGAAACUGCCGGACGGUCACGAAGUGUGCUUCCCCAACCGGCACGGCUACCACAACAUCAGCUACGUUAGCAUCGUGGGGGGCCUAAAGAUCAUCUCCUUCAAGCUGACCUGAUGGGCACUGCUUCCUAGCUCUAAUAAAAACCCAAGCCAGUGGAA